CUCAUGCUGGCUGAUGUGACAGUUUGUGGUCAUUGAGCAGCCAUUUUAGAGGAGAGAUGGUGGCUGUGAGAGGGAGCAGGGCUUUUACCGUAGCGAGCUGCCAUUCUCAGUGACUGAAGAUAGCCGCAGCAAUAGUCGUAGUAGAGAAAACAUGCAAGGAUAACAGCUGCUGCUGAAGCAUAGAUGGACAACCAUGGAAACACUGGAGAGGACACUGAUGAAAUUAAGAUUUGUUCUCAUUUCUGGUACAUGAAGCGUAAUCUGGUCCCGGCAGUCAAAAUACAGACACUGGAAUCCUGACACUGAUUGGAAUGCCAAUGCCAGCAUCCUGAAUAGGGAAACAAUACUGCAGUCCUGACAGCUGGAAUCCCAAUUGACUGUUUGCUGGGCCACCAGAGAGGAGACUUACUUUAAACCCAUCAUACUUCCAAAACCAGCUUCAUCAAGCAGCAGUGUUUAGAUCCCUUGGAAGAUAUUCUGAAGCUGCGAGUCUAGCCCUGUCUCUCUCCUUUCCUGUGCCAUGGAGCUCAGCAGGCAAGACAAAGAUCCUCCUUCAGGACAGGAAAGCGCCAGUGGAGUAUCCAAAAAGUCACACACAGCCUCAGGCACAGACUCCACUCCUACUGAUGCUGAGGAUGCUGCUGAUGCUGGCCCAUCAACUCACGUGUUGCCACCACGGAAACGCAGUCUGGGUGUGUCUUCCCGCCCAGUACACAUCACACCACCACGUCGAUGCAUGUCAGAGGUAUUAUCCGCCCCACCGAUGCAACUCCUGGACAGUCCGCAGCCAUUGUCACCACAUUCUCCACACCUGCCUGGGGAUCCCAGUCUUCAGCCAACUCCACCAGCCCAAGUGCCAGAAGCUGACAAUGGAGAUACAUACACAUUACACCUCACAGCAAUACCACCGUCUGGCCCAAGCCCAACACAUUUGUAUACUCUGCCCAGGCAAAUGACACCACAUCCGGACAUAAGCCCAAUCACAACACAACACAGCCACAGUCUCAGGAACAGACUUUCUGGGACAACUGGACCACUCAGCAAAGCAAUAAUUUUGAGUGCUUGCGUCGGCAAACACAAUUAAUUGCUAGUCUGGCCCAUCAUAUACCAAGAUUAUGUCGACGCAACAGUCGGCAAACCACUGAACUCACAAGAAUGGCUAACGCUAUAGAAUUACUGAGGACAGACAAUUGUAGGAUGCUAGACACCUAUCAAAGAAUAAUGGAUGAAAAUCAAAGGCUCCACCAAUCAUACCUGCAAAUAUUAGCUGCUACACAAACUACACAAGAGAGCAUGCUCCGAAUAAUGGAAAGCCAUGCAACAGCCACUAGAGACUUGAAUGUCACUAUAACUACACUAACCCAGCAUCUCACGCAUUAAGCAGACCAAACAAGUACCAGCUCAACAGGCACAACCCCCUUAGUUUCACCUGUCACCUCACCACCAAGAUGUUCUGGACGAACCCGACCACACUCAAGUGCCAAAGAACCAUCCACAUCCAGAGGAAGACCUGCAAAAUAAUUCAAAAUAAUCAUGUUAUUUAUUGGUAAAAGUAUAAUUGAAUGCAAAAAGCAUUAUACAUGUUUGUGUCCAAAUUAAGGACAUGGUUUAUUAUUUGUUACCAAAUAACUAAAACCAA